AUGCGAAUUCAUUCUGCCCUAGCAGGACUCUUCCUGCUGUUGGCAGUUGCCAUCGCCAGUGGAUCUAAGUUCUUCUAUGCCAACAAUGGCACUCAAUUUUACAUCCGUGGCAUUGCCUACCAAGAGGACUACAAUGCUGGAGGAGCCGGAGGUACCGGUCAAUCGAACAAUACUCACUACACUGAUCCCCUUGCGGAUGUUUCUCGUUGCGAACGCGAUAUCCCGUACCUCCAAGAGCUGCGGACCAACGUCAUCCGCGUCUACGCUGUCGACCCGACCAAGAACCACGAUGCUUGUAUGCAGAAAUUGGCCGAUGCAGGAAUUUAUGUUAUCGCCGAUCUCUCGUCUCCUCAGCUGUCGAUUGUCUCUAACUCGCCCACUUGGACCGUUGAACAGUACGAUCGAUACGUCGCUGUGGUUGAUGCAAUGCAUCAGUAUGACAAUGUGAUUGGUUUCUUUGCCGGGAACGAGGUUGUGAACAAAGUGAACGAGACCAUUGGUUCAGCAUUUGUCAAAGCCGCGGUACGCGAUAUGAAAUCCUACGUCAAGCAGAGGGGAUACAGAAAGUCCUUGAGCUUUGGUUAUGCAACUACUGACCAACCGGAUUUCCGCAACGCGCUGUCAGACUACCUCAACUGUGGAGAUCAGUCCACCUCAAUCGACUUCUUCGGUUACAACAUGUACGAGUGGUGUGGAGACAACACGUUCCAGGGCUCCGGUUACAAAAACCUCACAGAGCAGUACAAGGACUACCCUGUCCCAAUAUUCUUCUCCGAGUAUGGAUGCAAUACUGUCAGGCCUCGCAGGUUUGGCGACAUCUCUGCUAUCUUUGGCCCGGAUAUGGAAAAUGUCUGGAGUGGUGGCAUCGUUUACAUGUACUUUGAAAGUACCAACAACUACGGCCUCGUCUCUGUUGACGGAACAACUGUCCGCACUCAACCAGACUUCAGCUAUUACUCUAAGGCAAUUCAGACUGCGACUCCCAGCGGUGUUAACAGCGAUAGUUACACACCCACAAAUUCCCCACACGCCUGUCCCACGGUCAAUGACAUGUGGUUGGCAAAGUCCAGUCCCCUACCACCUUCUCCGAACAAAGACCUGUGUUCAUGCAUGGUGGACAGUCUCUCGUGCGUAGCCAGCCAGUCUGUGCAUGCAGAUCAGUACGGCGAAUUGUUUGGUACAGUCUGCGGAAGCGACACGACCGCCUGCGAUGGAAUUUCUGAGAACGCAACCAUGGGAAAGUACGGUGCGUACAGCAUUUGCACUAGCAAGGAUCAACUCUCCUACAUCUUCGACCGCUACUACCAAGGCCAGAAGAAGGAUCAGUCGGCGUGCGAUUUCAAGGGAGCAGCAUCAGUUCGGUCUGCCAAGGACCCUUCCGGAAAUUGCAAGACACUUCUCAGCCAGGCUGGCACAGCUGGAACGGGACAGGCCACAGGUGGAAAAACGUCCCCAUUCAAAGCGGCAGCUUCUACUCUGAUGGACCAUCCUGAGACAAUCUUCUUUGUGUGGAUGGGAAUCGCCUGGGUCGUUUCGGCCAUGAUCAUUUACCGCGUCCCGCCCUUUCGCUUUUAUUGA